AUCUCACUGUUAUUGUCGCUUGUCAAAUACUGAUAGAUUUGUUUUUAAAUUUUUUUCCAGAAAGUGCAAUUUAUUUUUUAUUCAAAUACUUUGAGAAAAACCUACUAUUGUCGCUACAAUUCAACAUAGAGAUAUGAUACCAUCUAAGCUGGAAGUGCUCGUUGACUUUGGGCCGACCCCAGACAAAGUGACUGUUGAAAAGACUCUCAACUACCUGAACGCCCAAGACGAUGUUCAGCAGGCAGUAUUUAAGAAUGGCGCAGUCAUGGUGGAGACGGUGUUACCGAGUUCGGUCGUCUUGGAUAUGGUGAUUAAGACAUCGGGGAAGAGGGCUGUUCUUCAAGGAUAUGGGGACAGUACGUCAGCCGUAGCUAUGGUCUCGAGCAAGUGCACCACGGAGCAUGUGCUCGGCGUCAUACGCUUCACUCAGACGGACAGCGUCUUGAUAGCUGACGGUAGUGUGGACGGCCUUACUCCAGGCUUACACGGACUACACGUGCACGAGAGUGGGGAUUUGAGCAUGGGUUGCUCCUCUAUUGGCGAUCACUACAACCCGCUGUCGUCACCUCACGGAUCACCCGCCGAUCCGCCGUCUGAGAGGCACGCGGGUGAUCUAGGGAACAUACACGCUGACGAACAAGGACGCGCCAGGUUCAGGAUAUUUGAUAGUGUGCUGCAGAUAGACGAGCUGCUGGGUAGGUCGGUGGCAGUCACCCAGCGAGCGGACGACCUCGGCCGGGGCUCGAGCCCCUGUUCGAAAAUCAACGGUGACUCCGGACCGCCCAUCGCGUGCGGCGUAAUAGCUAGAUCCGCGGGUAUUUUCCAAAACGCUAAGCGGAUAUGCGCCUGUGAUGGCGUCGUGGUCUGGGAUGAGAAGGAUAGACCUCUGGCGGGGAAAGGACGGCGGUUGAAGGAUGAUAAAGAGCAGACUGGGAGUGGGAAGUGCGGGGGGAAGACGUGCUGCAAGGUCUAGUGUUGCCCACGCCUGGGCAGUGGGCAGGCUUCGUUUUUAAGUUACCAUUUUAGGAAUGGAUGUGUUGGGCAAAUGGGUCGGAUAUUCGCUCGGAUUGAGCAUUUCUAUGUUAUACUUUUUUAGGUGUAAAUUCUUGCUUUGUUUUAUUUAUUAAUUAAUCAAUGUUUAAAAAAAAAGAAACAAAAACUAUUUUGUUGAAAAAUUUAAUAAAAACUUCGAUGGAC